AUGUCGUAUUACGAGCAACAACGCGCGCACAACAACUCGCUCAAGAAGCUGGAAGAGGCCGCCAGGAGAAAGAAAGAGCGUCUUGCGGAAAUUGCGGCGGCCGAGAAUGAAGCGCCGAUGUUCAAGAUCCGGAUCGAUGGGAGGGCGUGCAAAACAACGCGGAGCCAGGAAGCACACGCCGCCCAGGAGGCAGGGGAAGGCCUGAUUCCGUGGAGGGGCGUGGCGGACACGACGAUUGAUAGAUACGACGGCAGGGCGCUGCUCGACAUGUACCGCGAGCCCCUCCCAGAGCGCCAAGAGGCCGCGAGGGCGGCGGCGCGUCAGGAUCCGAUGUGGGAGCAGCUGCAGUUCGAGGCGUAUCGGGACCUCGUGCGGAUGUAUCAGAUGGGUUUCGGAGAUGACGAGCGGCAUAGCGAGGGCGUGGACUACGCUGAGAACCUCAACUGGGAGAUCCGCGGCUACGCGUUGCGACUCGCCGCUGCGUCCGUCGGGCUCGGGAACCCCGGAACUGCAGGGCACGACGGUUCCUUGCUUGCGUCGGCGCAGGCGGCGUCUGCGUCCGCAGAAGGGGAAGACUCUGAGCUGCCGGGCUACGUUGGCGCGGCCGAUGACGAGGGCGCUGCGAGGGAGGAGGAGGCGAUGGACGUGAUCGCUGAGGAUUUGUUUGACAUCGAGGGGUUCACCGAGAUGCUCUCCAAGGCCGAGGAGGCCGAGGAACAGGAGCUCGGACGCCACUUCAUCACGAAGCGCAAGAAGUGGUCCCGCAGGAAGACGGGAGGCCGCGCGAAGCGGCUCCGCGGGCAAGGGAAGGACCCAUUCGCAAGCAGCACCAGAGCAACAGACGACUUCCUUGCCUCGAUUCCAACGCUCCCACCGCCGCAAGAGCGUCCGGACGAGGAAGAGCGGCGCGAUCGAUCGGCGCGGCGUCGCAGUCCCUCGAACGAGCGGGACCCUCGCGGGGAUGUCCAUCUGGGGCCGCGCAUCACCUUCAUCAACGAGUUCGGGCGCGGGAGUCCCGGGAACGCCAGCGGGCACAGCUCACCCGCGGUGGGCUCGCCGGCCGGGCACUGGCGGACGAUGGGCAUCAUCGACCCGCGCCACCAGGACCCCGCACAGACCGAGGGUGGGGUUGCUCUGCCUGUCGAGGGCACCAUCAUGCAGGGGCGACGGUUUGGGGAGCGGAGGCAGGACACGGGGCGUCAGACUCGUCCGGAGGCGGCACGUCCGACGUCAGCGUCGCUGCGGGCGCAGCCAGGGGUCAAGGAGACCCCGCAACAGCGGAUCAAACGCUUGAUGGCCGCUCAGCUGAACCGGACGAUUCAAGAGGACAACCGCAAGCAGGCGCUGAAGAAGCUGUCGGAGGAGCGGGACCGCAACGCUCGCAACCAAGUGGGACGCAUGAUGCAGGCGUCAGCCGGCCAUGGCGACUCCGGUGCUGCCGCUCAGGUCGCCUGCGACCGAGACGACCACCCCUUGCAGCGCACAAGAUCUUUCGAGGAACCACGAGCCGACAGGGGCGACGUGCACCCGCCGCGGGACAGAGGCGCCCAGGACGUUCACCAUCACAGUAGACGGCAUCAGUCCAGCCGUCAUCGGAGGUCGAGGUCCCCAGACAGGCACCGUGGGCGGCGAAGAUCACGGAGCAGCAGCCAAGAGCCUCGGCGACCGAGGAGCCGAGGCAGGUCCCGCAGCAGGAGCAGGGAGCACAGCCCGGAGGCGCCCAGGUACCGCGAGCACGGCCGCAGCCGCGAGCGACGACACGAUCGUGACAGACGCAGCAGAAGCCCUGCGCGAGAUAGGACCCGUCGUCACAGCCGAGAGAGGUUCCGCUGA